AUGAAAAAUGUAAGAGAAAGUAAUUCAUUUAGUAGAUUCAAGACUAGACAAAAGUCAAAAGACAAUGAUCAAAAUUCUUAAAUUCUCAAAUUACAAAGUUAAUAGAAUGUCAAAAGUAAAACAACAACUCUAUUUUCUAGAAUUGCCACCUAAAGCUUAGUAAGUUAGUUUCCAUCUCUUACCUGAAAGCUAUUAGAGACCUAAGACAAAAUCAAUGGUGUAAUAAGUAAUACAAGUAUAAUAAAUUUUAAUCAUAAAUUAGAAACCUUCAAAAAAAGUAUUAAAUGAUUCUCAUAAUUAUUUAUCCGCCAAGUAUCAGGCAAACAAACUAAUCAAACAAAAUAGUUUUGUAAAGAAUCGCCCAAAAAAAAUGCAUUCUGUUAGUUAUUAUCAUUGUAAUUGAUACAUACAAUUAAUUAUAUAGAUGACAGCGUUUAAAAUGAAAAUGAUGAAUUUUUAAUGCAUUUUAAUAACUUAUCUAACGUUUCCUUCAAAGAUUACAUGGAUGCAGAAGGUAUAGAUGCCAAAUUUAAUAUUAGCACGUGCCAACAAAUUGCCAUCUGAUAAAUCUUAAGAAAUUAUUGAAGGAAAAAAACUUUUGAGCUUGGGAUAAACUGAAGAAGCUCAAAAAUUAUUCUAAGAAAUUCUAUAAGUUAGCAAUAAUCCUGAAGCACGAUAUUUAAAUGGACUAUGUCAUUUAAGUAAAUCUGAAUUCUCAGAUGCCAUAGCCGAUUUAAAUCUUUUAAUUUAAUAACAACCACUUUAUAAAAGAAAUGCUUACAUUCUAUUAGCCAUAGCUUAUAAAAAAUCAAAUUGUCCAAAUGAUGCUUUAAACACUGUAUUAACAUUAACUUAAAUUCUAGUUAACUCUAGCUAUUAAACAAUUUAACAAAUAUUUCGAUGCUUACAUCUAUAGAGGUAAAUUAUUGUUGAAGAUGAAAUAAUUUGAUAGAGCUUUGAAGGAUUUUACAAGUGCAAUUGAAAUAUAACCAAAAAAAGCUAUUGCUUAUAUUGGAUAAGCUGAUUGUUUCAGAUAUAUGAAUCAACCUAAAUAAAGUGUUCAGGCUUGUACUCAAGCAAUUGAAUGUGAAGAUUCCUCUUUCAGAUAAGCCUUAAUAAAAAGAACUCUCUUAUAUAUUGAUUUAAAAUAAUAUGAUCUAGCACUUUUAGAUAUUGAAGCUGUUUUAGAAGAAGAUCAUUGUGAUUCUGAGGCUCUCUAUAUCAAAGGCUUCAUUUGCACUAAAAGAAGUAAAUUAUUGUAUAGAUUUAUAUUAGAUUAAAUAUAAGAAGCCUUUCUUGCAUAUGAGUAGUCUAUUAAACAUAACAAUUCAAAAAAAGCUGUUUCUAAAUCUCUUUAUGAAAUUGCUAAAAUUAAAAUAGAACAAAGGGAUUUUUAUGAAGCAUUUUAUUAAUUAAGUCGUGCUGAUUAUUUAGAUGUAGAUGAAAAAAUAUUAGAGAAAUUUAAAAUCUUUACAGAUGGAGUUACUUUUUUAAUGAAACGUAAAUUUGAUGAAGGUGUUGAUGCUUUAACAACACUCAUCUCCAAACAUUAGAUUUCAGAUUUUUUGAAACCUCUUAUAUUUUAAUAUAGAGCAUAUGGAUACUUUUGUCAAUCAUAAUAUUAAAAGUCUCUUCAUGAUCUCAAUUAAUUGACAUCUCUUGAAAAACCAUCAAUUUAUAAUAAAUUAAUUGCUGAAGGGAUCCUUGCUGCUAUUGCUAAUUAGUUUGAAUAAUCUUAAGGAUUCUUUUUAAAAGCAUAAAAACUUAUGCCCAAUAAAAUGGAACCUUAUUUUUAUAAAGCUACUACUUUAGUUAAGUUUUAUAGUUUUCUUAUUCCUAAAGAUGAUAUUGAAAAAAAAAAUAAAUUUUUAAAUGAUGCUCUUAAAUAUAUGGAUUUGGCAGUCAAAAUUAAUGAAUAAUCUAAUCUAUUAUUUUAUAGAGGAAUUGUUUUAUUUGCAUAAGGAAGAUUAGAUGAUUCUCUAAUUGAUUUAGAUAAAGCAAUAGAAAAGUCAGAAGAUCAUGUAGCUAAACAUUUUUAUGUAAGAGGAUUAAUACAAGCUUGUAGGAAUGCAUUUGAACUUGCUCUUAAUGAUUUAACAAUAGCAAUAAAUCUUGAUGAAAAACUUAUUGAUGCUUAUUUAAAUAGAGCAAAAGUAUUUCUAUUAUUGGGAGAUAGAAAAAGUGCAUAUUAUGAUGCUUAAAAGUAUUAAGAAUGUAAAUAGACUGAUCCUUAAACCGAUAUUAUUAUAGGAAAUUUGUUUUUUUAAAUUGGAGCUUAUGAAGAUGCUAUUCAAUCAUAUUCAAAUAGUAUUAGCUCUGAAAAAAGCUUACAAGUUUUAUAUUACAGAGCUAAAACUUAUAUUUUGAUUAAAGAAUUAAAUAGUUCAAUGCUAGAUCUAUAAAAAAUAGUUGAAUAAUCUAAUGAUAUUCAUGCAAUAGUAGACUUGAAUAUUUUAUAGUAAUUAAAAAAUACAUCAACUGCAAAUUCUGAUUAAAAUUUAUUUUAAGAAGCUUUACAAUGUAGCAAUCAAAUUUUAAAAAAAGGAGCUGAAGGAAGAAUAUUUAAAAAAUCAGACAUUUUAUUUUAUAAAGGAUUAUUUUUAUUCUAUUUAAAAUAAUAUGACAGUUCUUAAUAAGUAUUGAAAGAAUCAUAUAAAAUUAAAGAAGAGCAAUAGAAAAAGGAAUUAGGUUCAAUGAAUGAUUCAGAUUAAUUCAUUUUAGACUAAUUAAAUUAAACUUAGAAGAAAAUGGAAUAUAAAAGCAAGCCUCUAGAAGAAUUUGAAUUUAGUGAUAGAACUUAUAAUUUAUUUGAAUACUAUUUUAAUCGAUCUGUUAUCCAUUUAUUAUUAGGAUAAACAGAAUAAGCACUUGAUUAUUUAGAAUAAUUAAAUGAGAAUAUAUCGUAAUAAGAAAUUUAAGAACAUCUCUCAUUAUUUAUUUAAUUAUUGAAGGAUGAUUAGAAUCCAAAAAGUGAAAUAAAUCCUGAGCUUUCAAAAUUGACUGAAUUUAUUAUCUUUCCUUAACAUAACAGAUUAUGUUCAAUAUAUCCAAUGGUCAAAUUACCAUUAAAAAAAUAUAAGUAAACUUUAUAGCUUAGAUUAUCUUUUUGUUUACCAACAGUUGAAAUUCCUGAAAUGAAUAUCAAAUUUGAUGAUAAAUUACUUGAAGCAAUUAGUGUAAUAAAUUAUAUAUCAUUUUAGCCUAUUGUUGUUGAAAAUAAACCAGAAGCGCCCUGGAUUAAAAGAACAGCAGAAGGUGUUAUUUUUACAGACAAUGUUCAAAUAGUUGAAGAUUUAGAUCUCUAAUCAACAACAAGACCUUCUAAAAAAUAAACAGAAAUAGAUGAUCCAGAAUUCUAAUAAUUUGAAGAAUAAUUAAAUCAUGCAAUUGAAAAAUAUGAUUAUAGUGAAAUUGAUUAAUAGGAUGACAUAGUUGAAUAAUAAACUUAAGCUAUAGAUUUAUAGUAACUUAAAUAAAACUUAAUGCUAGAUUCUAAAAUUGCAGACAAAUUAAAUUCUAUUUUAUAAAAAAAAGCUAAAAAUUGA